UGUCAUAUCUUAUCACAUAAAGAGUCAAUUUUGGUUGCUUUUCACCCACAAGAAGUGUGCUAACUCUCCGCUACUUCUUCUUUUUCUUGUUCUUGUAUUUAUUGAUUUGAUUUUUGAACAAACAUUGGAAGAAGAGUUGAUUUAAUUAUGGAGGAUGGCUCCUCAAAUAUAAGAGUGCGUUUACUAGACAAUUGUUAUAACAAUAACAAUGAUGGCAGAAUUGAAGAUAAUACUAUUUCAGGACCAACCUCUUUUUCAAGAACUUGUUUCAAUGGACUCAAUGCUUUGUCAGGAGUUGGUAUACUUUCAGUACCUUACGCAUUAGCAUCAGGAGGAUGGUUAAGCUUAAUAUUUUUCUUGAUUAUCGCGAUCUCAACGUAUUACACUUCCUUAUUAAUUCAAAGAUGCAUGGACAUUGAUCCAACCAUAAGAAAUUACCCUGACAUUGGGGAACGCGCCUUUGGAACUAUGGGAAGAAUGCUUGUCUCCACGACGAUGAACGUUGAACUUUACAUGGUUGUAACAGGUUUCUUGAUUUUAGAAGGAGAUAACUUGCAAAACUUAUUUGGACAACUUCAAAUAUUUGGACUUGAUGGAAAGCAAUGUUUUGUGAUUAUUAUAAGUCUUAUUAUUCUGCCUACAGUUUGGUUGAACAAUAUGAGCAUCCUUUCUUAUAUAUCUGCAAGUGGAGUACUGGCAUCUAUUGUGUUACUUGCAUCUAUUUUAUGGGCUGCUUUGUUUGAUGGCAUUGGAUUUCAAACAAGUCAAACUCACUUUAUUAAUUGGAAAGGGAUGCCAACUGCUAUUAGCCUAUAUGCCUUCUGUUAUUGUGCUCAUCCAGUUUUCCCAACCUUAUAUACUUCCAUGAUAAAUCCAAAAAAAUUCUCUAAGGUGAUGUUUGUUUGCUUUCUACUUUGCACCAUCAGCUAUGCAUCAAUGGCCAUAGUUGGAUAUCUGAUGUUUGUUCCAAGUGUACUUUCCCAAAUAACCUUAAACCUCCCCACCAAUAAAAUCAGCUCAAAAGUUGCAAUUUACACCACACUAGUCAAUCCAAUUGCAAAGUAUAGCUUGAUGAUAAAACCACUAGAAAAUAGUUUGGAAAAUCAACUUCCAAUUCAUUACAAAACAAGGGUAUGCAGCCUACUUAUAAGAACAACUUUAGUAAUCAGUACUGUCAUUGUAGCAUUAGCUAUCCCCUUUUUUGGAUAUCUCAUGUCACUUGUUGGAGCAUUUUUGAGUGUCACAGCUUCCAUAGUACUACCAUGUUUGUGCUUCUUGAAGAUCUCUGGGAUUUAUCAAAGACUAGGAUUUGAGCAAAUAUUUAUAGUGGGGAUUGUGAUAAUGGGCAUAGCCAUUAUGCUUGUAGGUACUUACACUUCUGUCUUACAAAUUAUCAGUCAUUUGUAAGUGAAAUAUUUCACAUAGUUACUUUUCUUAUGGAUUUGAUUUUUAUAUCGAUGUCCUAAUAACUACUCUCUUCCUUUUAA